AAGGACGUCAUCACUCACAAACCCAGUUGAAGGGGAGAGCGUCACCCAAGCCAGGGUCAGGGGUCAGCCCACUGACUCUGUGGUGGUGACCUGGGGUGUUUAGGGGCAACUGGUGAACUUAAGGAGUCAGGGGUCAGCCUGGUGACCCUGCAGGGUUAGGGUUUGGCUUGGAGGGUCAGGGGGUUGGCCAGUGACCCUGGCUGUGGUGGGGGGAGGGUAGGGUUGAUGACCUGGGGUAGACCCUGUCUAUCGGGAGGUAGUGGUGGGCAGGUGGGGUUCGGGAGGCGUGGAUGCUCCUGACCAGCACCCCGGGAGCAGGAGCUCAUUGCCCUGUCACAUCAGCCCUGCUGUUCCAAUGUUUGCGACUACACCUUGAGCCUGAUCUCAUUGAUCCAUACUCCAGCACUCCAGUGUAUCCCUGUGCGAAUGUAAUGGCUCCUUUAGUUCUGAGCAGCUGGGAAGACAGAGGCCACGGGACGUCCUACAGAUGGUGCAGCCCUGACUGAGUCGCUUGGACAGAAGGAGAGAAGUGCAAUCCAGCAGAAACAACGCAGCAAGGAGACGACGACCCACUGCACAUACACACGGGAUUCUGGUCACCAUGUUAUAGAAGGCAUGGGGUUGCACUGGAGACGGUGCAGAGGAGAAUCACCUGGGACAGAGGACUGUAGUCACGGGGAGAAAUUGGAUAGGCUGGGCCUGUUUAUCCUGAAGCGAAGGUGGCUGAGGGGGUCACCUGGUAGAAAUAGAUAGAGUAAUGAGAGGUAUUUAUAGGGCAGAUCAUUGAAAUCUUUUUAGAAGGGGUAUGAAAAUCAAGCGCUUCAGAUUUAAGGUGAGAGGAGGGAGUUUUAAAGGGAAUCUGACUGAUAAUUUUUACACAGAGAGCGGCUGCUGUCUGGAACACACUGCCAGAGGGGGUACAGUACUACAUUUAAGAUGCAUCUUGAGUACCACUGCGUAGAGUGAUAUUGUCCUACUAGGACUAGUGUAGAUGGACCAAAGGGCCCAUUUCUAAGCUGUACAACUAUGACUGUAACUAUUUUUGUGCCAUCUGCAAACUUACUAAUCACACGUUAACAUUCACAUCCAAAUGGAACAGUGAGGGCCCCCACUGAUCCUUGUGGUACACCACUGGUCACAGGCCUCCAAUACACCCCUCCAACUGUCCUCGCUCUCCUUCCGCCCAUCCUUUCCUUCUCCUACCCAGCCCUUACCCUCUCUCCGUCUUUAUUCCUCAUCCUAUCUGCCAGACCCUCUCUCCACCUCGCUCUCUUGCUUUCUCUCACUCUCCCACUCAUAGCACCCCGUCCCUCUCCUCCAUUCCUCCUCUCUCCCAUGACCCUCCCAUCAGUUCCUCGUGCUCCAUUUGCUCUCCCUCCUCCUUGUGCUCCUGUCCCUCUCCCUCGCUGCCACUUCCCUCUUUCUCGCACAUCACACUCUCCUCCUCUCCCACCACUCCCCCCCCCACCCAUCUCCCUCUCCUUACUGCCCCUCCCAAGCUUUGGCAUGUCUGGAUCAUGUGCUGUGCAUUAAUUUGUUAGUCCUGUCAUCACUGUACGCUGGUGCACUGCACUGGUGAGUGUGGGUUCCAAGGGGAUGUUCCUGGGUCUGCCCAGCCCAGUCUGGUUAAUAGUUGGAUAGUGAAGGACUGUGUUCCCUGAACACCAGCUUUGUUCACCACACCCCAAUCACAUAAUUGGCAGAUUAUUGGAGUCAGGCGGUGUGCAGGGUCCUUGCAAGCUCAGUCUCCCUGCUGCUGUGCACCAGUAUGUAUAUGGAUAGCAUCUUACAGGGGCUGGGAGGCUUUGGCAGAUUCCAGCUGUUGGUGCUGGUGCUGCUGUGGGCUGCCCGCCUGCCUCUGCCCUGGCACUUCCUGCUGCAUAUCUUCCUAUCGGCCGUUCCUACCCAUCACUGUCGAUCCCCCCACCCCAGCCUGGCCAACUUGAGCCAGGCCCAGCGGCUGCAUACUACCUCCCCUCUGGAGUCCGACGGCACCUACAGCUCUUGCCGCAUGUACCCCAGCCCCCAGCUCCAGCUGCUAGAGGCACACCCAGACAGCCAGCACAACCUGUCUAAUGCCAUCGGCUGUACCAACGGCUGGGACUAUGACACGUCCCAGUUCACUUCUACCAUCGCCACUGAGUGGGACCUAGUGUGUGAGCGGCGGCAACUGAACCAGGCUGCCGGAACCACCUUCUUCUUGGGCGUCAUGUUGGGAGGACCACUUUUUGGAUACCUCUCUGACAGGUGUGGCCGUCGGAAGGUUCUGCUUCUGGGCUGCCUAAUGACAGCUACGUUUGGCAUCAUUGCCUCCUUCUCUGUCACAUUUGCCAUGUUCAGCAUCUCCAGGCUCCUGUGUGGGAUGGGACUGUCAGCUAUCUCUACAACUUCCAUCACUCUGGCAAUAGAAUGGACGGACGUGAAGCACCGUGUCCAGCUUGGUGCCAUAACUAGCUUAGCCUGGAGUGUGGGUAACAUGUCGCUGGCACUCAUCGCCUACCUGCUGCGGGACUGGCACUGGCUUGUCUUCACCGUUUCCACUCCCUGUCUGCUGAUUGCUGCCCUGUGCUGGUGGAUCCCAGAGUCGGUCAGAUGGCUGCUGGCAGCCGCACAGUUGGAGCAGGCCCAGCGUGGGCUGCAGAGGUGUGCCCGGUGGAACAGCGUGAGCAUCCCCAUUUCCUGCCUCUCCUUACAGGAGCUAGAGAAGGCUGUGAGAAUGGAUCGUCCACGGACACCCAGCUCCAUCUGCGACCUUAUAAACACCUCGCAAAUGAGGAGAAUCACUGUCUACUCAGGAAUCGUCUGGCUCGGAGCUGCCUUCUCCUACUACUCCAUCAGUUACUCAGUGGGAGGCUUCGGACUCGACAUGUACCUGACACACUUCAUCUACGGGGCCAUCGAGUUGCCUGGCAAGCUGCUGGCCUAUCUGCUGCUGAGCACUGUGGGACGGCGCCAAACCCAGGGCGGAUUCCUCCUGCUGACUGGGCUGCUGAUGACGCUCAGACAUGUCCUUCCCAAAGGUCUGCCCAUCCCUCAGCUGUUGGUCGGGAUUGUCGCCAAGGGCUGUGCUGAGGCAGCGUUCACCACGGCUGUCCUCUUCACCACUGAACUCUACCCAACACCGAUUCGACAGAGCGGGCUGGGGUACUCCAUGUUCAUGGGACGGAUGGGAGCCUCCCUGACUCCACUGGUCAUGCUGCUCGAUGAGUUUUGGCACUCCUUGCCGUACCUGAUCUUCACCAGCAUCACAGUCAUGGCCGGAACUGUGGCCUUCCUGCUCCCUGAAACGGCACAUAUCCCCCUGCCUGAGAGCAUUGCGGACAUCGAAAACAGACACCAGGCUGCAGCCACUGAGAAUGGAAACAAAGUUCCUUUGAGGUCGCUCAGUGCCAGUAAGCAGCAGAAAGCAGAGGGGAACGCUGAGGGAGAAGGAUGGACAGAUGGAGACUGUCCAGCCGACACUGUGGAGACAGAGGGCAUGUGA